AGACACACACCUGUUUGUGUUUCAGCUGAAGUCUCAGGGGAAAGGUGCAGGAGACCAGGACCACAUCAUGCUGGACAUCUACGCCAUCGAGGAGCUGAGGAACAAGCAGGUUCCUACCACAGACGACUCGCCCAAAUACAGAUACUCCUCAGACCAGAACGGCAACUACGAGUUCCAGCAGGCCUCGGCCACGGUUCUGGCUCUACGCCGCGACCGCACCUUCUGUGACCAGGUGACCACGGGUCAGGAGUGUGGCGUGCUGCUCGACCAGACGUCCUUCUACGCCGAGCAGGGUGGUCAGACGUUUGACGAGGGCUACAUGCUGCGAGAGGACGACAACGCAGAGGACGUGAGGACGCACACUCACAGACUGGUUUUACUCAGUUCAUUCAGCGUUUAGUUAAAACAGCUGAGCUGAGGGCCGAACAACAGCUAAAACAGGCUGAACAUCAGCUAAAACAGGCUGAACAUCAGC